AUGACAAAGGCAUUUGCUAAUGUUCUUCCAAAUACGCACCACAGAUAUUGCAUUUGGCACAUUGUGAGUAAAUUUUCUAAAAAGAUAAGUGCAUUAUAUUAUAAAAAAUAUUAUGACGAGUUCAAAAAAUGCAUAUGGAAUUCUGAGAGCCCUGAAGAGUUUGAGGCUAAAUGGGUAGAUGUUGUACACAAAGCCAACUUAUCCUCCAAUGAAUGGUUGAAAGCCAUGUACGAAAUCCGUGAGAGAUGGAUUCUGGCAUAUAUGAAACACAUGUUUUCCGCCCACAUGACUAGUAGUCAAAGGGCUGAGAUUUCUCAUUCUUUCUUCAAGAAGUAUGUUUCUUUAAAUAAUUCUUUGUACGACUUUGUGACGCGGUUUGCUAGGGUGCUUUCUCGCAUACGGCAUAAUGAAUUAGAUUUGGAUCAUAAAGAUCUCAAUGAGAAGCCACAAUUGAAAACAUCGUUUCCCAUGGAGUCCACAAUGAGUGAGUUGUAUACAUUGGCCAUAUUUAACAAGUUUCAAGAGGAACUCUUUCAAAUUGAGGCGUACGUGGUUAAGAUGACACAUGAGGAUGAACAUUGUUGUUUCUACAAUGUUGAGAGGGCGAAGAUUAUAGAUGUGCCUAAUGAGUUAAUUUUGGCGAGAUGGACUAAAUCGGCAAAAGUUAAGAGAGUUGUAGAUUAUUUGGGUGGGGCCGUCAAAGAAAUAUGUGACACUUCUUUGUUGGAGAGCGUAGUUGAUGAGGCCGUAUUAACUGAAGAUGGAAGUGAACUUUUGGAAGAAGCUUUGUGUUUGGUUCGAAAGAAGCUAUGUGCCAAGGAUCCUAGAAGUGAAUAUGGCGAAGGGAGUGCUAUCCAAAUGUCUAGUCCUCGUGAACAUAGUUUUAAAGAACCGCUUCAUGUAAGGGCAAAGGGUUAUGAUAAUUCUUCGCAAGAUGUUAGGUUGAGUGAUGACAACAAUGAGGAGGACGACGAUGAUGGGUUGGUGCUUCCACAUGGAUUGAUGCUUCCAAAUGUUGCAUUUUGGAACUGCUUACUGCAUGUAUUGAAACUUUUUCGGAACACUUCUAUAAUUCAGCUGCAUGCUGCUUGUUGCAAGUUGCAUUUUGGAAUGAAUCUGUUUGCUGCAUUUUUUUUGGAACUACUGUUUGGAAAUCUCCAGUUUGGUUCAUUCUACAAUUGGGGCUGUUUUUUAGUAAUUCGCGAGUUUGAAGACUUGAUACUUGAUCAAUGUAACUCAAAUUACGGAACGCCUGGGCUUUCGGCCUAG